CCUUGGAAUAACAGUCUGUGAACUUGGGAACUUCCUGUAAACAAUGAGAUGAUUCUCUAUAAAGAGCAAAGCAACGGGAGGCAUAAGGUGUUUGAAACAUGAAUAUGACAAAGAACGUUCAAUGCAUCAUAUUAAUUACAGGUAAACCUAUAUAUUGAAGUAUGGAAGCUGAAGACCGAAUAGGAAUUCUGAAAUUUGUUUUAAUGGUUAUCAGUGGUAUCUUUGUGAUACUUGGGAUCGCCAUUUUUGGGUGUGGAGUGUGGAUUUUAUUUGACAAAAGCAAUUUCAUUGCAAUUAUUAGCAAUGAGGAUUCUGUGAGAUUCCUUUCUGGGGGGUUUUUUGUUAUUGGCCUGGUCGUGGCUGCCAUCAGUCUCAUUGGGUGCCUCGGAGCAUUAAAGGAAGUCAGGUACUUUUUAUUACUGUACAUGGGUGCUUUAAUUGUCAUCCUCUUAGGUCAAGGUUUACUCACAAUUAUUCUUCUAAUAAAAGGAAAAGAGAUUACCAAAACAUUAUCAGACGAAGUUGAUAAAAUAAUUAUGGAUUAUGGUAAUGGUACAAACAGGGAAAUGGAAAUCAAAUGGAACAUUCUAGACACCAUGCAGCUUUAUUGGACAUGCUGUGGAAGAACCAACUACACUCAGUGGGAAAACAACAGCUACAUAAAAUCAUGCAUAGAAUGGGAGGUGUAUCCCUGCUCAUGCUUUAACACCACUAGCUGUCCAUUCCUGUCUGAGGACCCCUCCCAGAGGUUUGGUAAAGGCGAAAAGGUGUUUAACGUGGGCUGCCAGACACACAUGGAGGAGUGGAUAUACCAAAAUGGAUUGGUGAUGCUAGGCAUGGACUUAGGACUGGUCCUCAUUCAGGUGUUCUUGAUUGUGAUCUGUGUCUACUUGUUUCGAAGCUUGGCACAGAAAGCGAAAAGCUAGUGUCCAGAGCUGGGCUGACAGGAGCCGGCGCAGCAUUCAUGCUGAGAGAAGAAAAAUAAAAGCCGUUCUUGACAUUUCAAGCUGUAGACUUGACAUCAGUUAUUCUCCUAUUCUUUUAUUUACUUUAAAUGCAAAAUUCCACUAUCUAUGCUAGUUUAAUUACAUAAUCAAUGUAAAAUUCAUUUUAAUUUUGCAAUUAUCCUGGUUUAUAGCAAAUGUGGUUGAGUGCAAAAGCAAGAUUUAAAUGUGUAUAUCCCCAUUUAAAAUGCAUUGUAAGAAUUGAAGUUGUAAGAGAAUGGUGUGACGUUUGACCAAAAAGCUGGAAUAACAGUGUGGAAAUUAAAAAUAUUUCACGUGC